AUGAACUUGGAUUUAGAUGGCGGAGAUGAGCUCAAAAUAAACCAGGAUUUCGCAGAUAGAUUCACUCAUAAUAAACAGAGAGCUGAAUUACAUAGGCUACAAGAAAAGUAUGGCGACAAUUUCGAAGACGACGACGAGAGCGAUGACAGCGAUAUGUCCUCAGAAGAUGAAGACGGUGAAUUACUCACUGCUGACGUUGAUGCUGCACUUUUAAAGACGCUCUCUCUUUUGAAAUCUAAGGAUCCUUCCAUUUACUCAGAUAAGAAGGUUUUCGAAGAGGAGCAGAAGAAGCUCAAAGACAAAGCAGCAAAAUUGAACGUUAAACGUACAAAGUCUACAGGCAAACCUCUAACCCUCGCUGAUUUAGAGAGAGAGAAACUUCUCAAGGGAGAGCUCUCAGAUGAAGAAGAUAACGACGCUGAGGAUGACAACUUACAACCAUUUACACACGUUCAAGAACAGAGGAACUUGAAGAAGGAAGUCACUAGCGCUUUUCACGGUAAUGACGACGACGACGAGGAUGACUUCUUGAAACCUAAGACAGUAGAAGAUGACGAUAACUACCAGACUCGUGGCUCAUAUAGAAAAUUCCUCCUUGAAAGCGUCGGUGAAGAUGAAAUCAGAAAAGCUUUAGGUUUGGAUGAUCAGAGAAUAUCCAGCACUAAAGAAGAAAUCGAGAGUGCAUCCAAACCAAGCGAGCCUAUCGAAAAGGAAUCCAAAAAAUCAUCGAAAACUACCGCUAAACCAUCAAAAGCUGAACAAAAAGCAAAAGAUGAUAAAUUUCUUAUGGAUUACAUCCUCAAUCAAGGUUGGAUGCCAGGAUCUUCUGCUUCAGUACCAAGAGAUUUCACUGUUUCAGAUGCAAAAGCUGCUGAAGAAGGUACAUCUGUCAAUCUCUCUGGUGCAAACGCCAAUCAUGAGAUAAUCGAGGAUGAUGAGGAAUUUGACGAACAUGCAGAUGAAUGGGAGCAUAAGUACAACUUCAGAUUUGAAGAGCCUCAAGGUGACGAUGUAAAGACACACUCUAGACAGCUUGAUUCGACAGUUCGUCGUCCGGACAACAAGAGAAAGGAACAACGUGCUGCUAAGAAAGAACGUAAGGAGAAGGAGAAGCAACAACGUGAAGAGGAGUUGAAGCGCCUUAAGUCACUCAAGAAGGACGAAUUGAAACACAAGUUAGCAGUUUUAGGUGAAGACGCAUCCAAAUUUGAGAACCUCGACCUUGAUGCUGAGUUCGACCCUGAUGCACAUGAUAAAGCUAUGCGGGAAGCAUAUGAAAAUGAUGACGACUAUGAUGAUGAAUUUGGUGAUGAAAAACCAACUUGGGAUGAUGAUAUUGACAUUGGAGAUAUCGUCGACGCUGAAGACCAAGAUGGUGAUGAUAUCAACAUGGACGCAGACUUCGACCAAGAUGAUGGAAGAAUAACAAUGUCCAAACGUGAACGCAAAAAGGCGAAGAAGAAAGCCAAAGCCGAGGCUAAGAAUGCCAGCAAGGAGGAUUACGAUGGUGAUGACAUUGAUAUGGAUGCUGAUCACAUGCAAGGACAAGAAGAGGAACCGAUCCCAGCUACAGCUGAAGAACGUCAGGCUGCUCUUGAGCAAUGGCUCGAUGAGUACUACAAGCUUGACUAUGAGGAUACAAUCGGUGACUUGAAGACAAGGUUCAAGUAUACGAAUGUCGUACCAGACAAUUAUGGCUUGACGACAGACGAAAUUCUCAGAGCUGAGGACAAAGAUCUCACGAGAUUGAUGAGAGUCAAGAGAAUGGCACCAUACCGUAAAGACCAUAUUGCAAACUCUGGUAAAGGUAAAUAUGCAAAUGGUAUGAUGUCUCGCGUACGUGAAUUCAAACAUAAAGUCAAUAACGAAAGAGCUGGAUGGGGAGAGGAUCCAAAAGAAUUCCAGAAACGUAAGCAAGCUAGUGGGAACAAGAGACAACGUGAUGAUACUCAAUCAGAACCACCAGCCAAGAAAAAGAAGAUUGGUAAACGAGAAAGACAAAAACGCCAGAAGAAGCGCGAACUCGAAGAGUCAGAAGCCUCUUAG